UACACGGUGAAGAAGUGGAAACCCUAAAACGCCCUCUUUUCCUGCUAAAUCUCAAAGUACAAGGCUCUGCCGCUGCAACCAUAGCAAUGGCGGGCGAUGCCACGCAAAUUGAUCAAAAUCCCAUCGUGAACCCGUCCGAGUUCCAGCCAAGUCCUCCACAAGAUGAGCAACCACCUCCUCCUCUCUCAAAAAAUGCCCAAAAGAAGCUGUUGAAGCUGCAGAAAUACGAGGCCAAGAAGGCGGAGAAAAAAGCCUCAAUUAAAGAGCAGAAGAAGCGAGAGGCCGAGAGAAAGCGCAAAGAAUGGGAGGAAACCCUCACCGGUGUCUCGGAAGAGGAGAGGUUAACGCUCAUCGAAUCGAGAAGAAAGCUUAGGAAGGAGAGAAUGGAGAAACGAUCUGAGGAAAGGGAAAGCAAGAUACAGAGGCUUACCGGAGCCAAAACCAACGGCCAAAAAAUCGUCAUUGAUCUCGAAUUCUCUCAUCUCAUGACCUCCUCUGAGAUCCACAGCCUUGUUCAACAGAUUAUGUAUUGCUAUGCGGUGAAUGGAAGAUGCGCUUCUCCUGGUCACCUCUGGUUGACGGGUUGCAGGGGGGAAAUGGAGAACCAAUUGCAAAGGCUUCCAGGAUUUGACAAAUGGAUAAUUGAGAAAGAAUGUCGAUCUUAUGUUGAAGCAUUGGAAGAUCAGAAAGAAAAUCUAGUUUAUCUUACAGCAGAUGCUGAAAUGGAGUUGGAUGAACUUGAUCCCAAAAAAAUAUAUAUUGUUGGUGGGUUAGUGGAUCGGAAUCGGUGGAAAGGGUUAACCAUGAAGAAAGCACAAGAACAGGGAAUCCAAACUGCAAAACUACCCAUAGACAAUCACUUGAAGAUGUCAAGUUCUCAGGUCCUUACAGUAAACCAAGUGAUAGAGAUACUCCUUAAGUUCUUGGAAACAAGAGAUUGGAAGGCUUCAUUCUUUCAAGUAAUCCCCCAAAGGAAAAGAUGCGAUGCUGAUUCAACAGAAAAUCAAGUAGAUGGGGAAGAGUGCAGGGAGAAAGAUGAACCAUCUGAGAAGAAAAAGAGCUGCAUUUUAUGAUUCUUGCAGCUAGCAGAACUUGUGAGCUAUGAAUUUGAAUGUCAUACGGGCUGUUUUUGGUCUGUAUAACUGAAAAAUUGUAUGCCUAACAUCAGUUUUCAAUGCAAGCUUCCCAUUUUUCAUGCA